AUGGUGCACGUUGUGCUCGACUUCGAAGAGAAGAUAGCAUCAGCUCUGCCGUCGAAGAGGCCGAAAUUGCUAGAGAUGAAAAACUCAAGAGGCGAAACGCCACUGUUCAAGGCUGCCAAGAACGGCAACAUGAAAGCGCUAGAGUAUAUGGCCAAACAAGCAGAUGAAGACAUGAAUGUUCAUCUUUAUAGCGAUGAUGAAACUAUUCUCCAUGCUUGUAUUAAUGGGCAAUAUUUUAAUGUAGCUCUUUGGAUAAUCAAUAACAUGGAUUGUAGUAGUCUAAUUAUGAAGCGUAAUAAAAGUGACCUUACGUGCCUUCAGCUUCUAGCCAGAAUGCCUGCUGCCUUUCGGGGCCAAUACCAAAUGGGAUUCUUCACCAACCUCAUCUAUAAAUUGCUUCCUGAGGGGGGAUGCCAAAUUGAAGGUUGUGAUGGUUUUAAGUUGUCUGGGUGCCUCAACGACUUGGAAAGUGGCCAAGAUGCAAAGCCACCACCUUCAGCGUUUUCAAGGAUAAACUCCACUGUUUGUAACAAUCUAGCUAAAGGAAGCAGCUGUAUCUGCUGGAAUUGAGGAUAUAUUGCAAAAAAGGAAGAAACAUGAGUUAGCAAAGAGUCUGGUAGAGUUUCUGGUUAAGAAGGAUGACUCGUGGCGGACCUGUUAGAAUCAUGGCUACAAAUCGCAGGUUCUACUACCUCCUGCUCGUCUCAAUGUCGUGAAAAAGAAAAAACAGCUGGAACGGAAAGAGAAGAGAGAAGAGCUUCAAGGUACUAAAGAUUAAACUCACGAUGAUAAUAUAUAUAGAACACCAUUGUUUGCAGCAGCUAGCAUCGGGAUUGAAGAAAUAGUUGACUUGUACCUUAAAGUGCAUCCGAUGUCCAUAAAUUACAUCAGUGAAGAUGGCUAAAACAUACUUCACAUAACCGUUAAACACUGUCAACUCAACAUCUUCAAAUUGCUCAAGAAAAAUCCACAAUUUUCUUCCUUGUGUUCUCAAAUUUCUUUUAUCAAUCGUACCGCGUUGCAUGAAGUUGCCAAGAUGGAUUAUUACAGAGGAUUGUCCCAACCUGGUGUAGCAUUCCAACUACAACACGAGCUCAAAUGGUAUAGACGAGUGGAAAAAAUUAUUCCUGUUCAACUACACUUGCAUUGUGACGAUGAGAAACUAACGGCUAGAGAUGUUCUGGACAUAGAGCACGAUGACAUGCUUGCAGACGCCCAACAAUGGACACAGUAAACCACCCAGUCAUGCUCCACGGUGGCGGUACUCGUGGCCACGGUGGUCUUCGCGGCGGCCUACACCAUCCCGGGCGGGAUUGAGGAUGGCUCACUGGUGUUCCUUAGACCUCCGGUGUUCAUAUUCUUCACCGUCAUGGACAUCGUGGCGCUUGCCUUCUCCUUGGCUUCAGUGGUCAUGUUUCUCUUCGUCCUCAAUGCGCCUUUUGAGCUCUGGGAUUUCCACAAGUCUCUGCCACAAAAACUGAGCAUAGGGUUUGCUUUUUUGUUCUUGGCAUUGGCUAGCACGAUGCUUGAAUUCAGUGCAACGAUUUUGCUCACAAUUAGGUUGCAGUGGAAGCAAUGGACUUCAACUUUGGUGUAUAGUGCUGCGUUCUUCCCUGUCACCAUAUUUGGCUUGAUUGAAUUCCUACAUUAUAAGAAGCUUCCGAGCCUGUUUCACAAGAUAUUUAAGAAGGCCAUGAAGGUGAUUAAUCCAAUCAGUCGAGCAGUUAGAAGAGUUAAGAAACCGAAGCACGCGCAAAAAAAUCGAACGGUGCUUAAAGCAAAUUAAUUAUUGUUGUUGUUAUUCUUGUUGUUUGAAGGGGGUGUUUAUUUGUGUGCUUUUCUGAUCAAUAAAGGAGUUUGUAUAUAUAUGUGCGCGCGCGCGAAGAAGCUUUGUGGCUUUUGUG